AUGACUCUUCUUCCUGUGGAGUUGCAGCUUGGAGAUCGAGAAUUUUGGCAGGUAGGAUCCGAGGGCCAACCUGGAGGUGAAGAGCUGCAGGUGAUGGAGAUAGAAAAGGAUCCCAAGAUGGGGAGCGAUCCCUCAUCACAGAUGCAUUUAUCUAAUGAGCACCGCCCAGCAAAGAAAGCCCCGAGGCUUUGCUCGGUCCGACACAGCCUGGCUUUCGUCUUGCACUUCAGUUUCUUCGUGAUUUUUUCCCAACGCGUCAGCCUCAGCAUCGCCAUCGUGGCCAUGGUCCAAGGCACGGGCCGGCGGGACCCGGCCAAUCACUCCACAGAUGCUCCCGCCGGCGCACCCUCUGUUUCUCCCAGUGGAUCCCACCUGGAAUAUCCACCUGAAGUCCGCCUGGCCCCGGAGUAUGACUGGAGCUCAGAAACCCAGGGCAUCAUCCUCAGCGCCUUCUUCUACGGUUCCAUGCUGACCCAGAUCCCCGGCGGAUACCUGGCGGGCCUGCUCGGGGGGAAGCUGGUGGCCGGGGCCGGCCUGCUGGUCUCCUCGGCCCUCACGCUGCUCACCCCGUUGGCCUCGGACCUGGGGGCGGCCUACCUCGUGGCGCUCCGCGUAGCCCAGGGCAUGGCUCAGGUGAUGGAUGGGUCCUGGUGGGGGCAGAAUUCCGGAGCCGCGGGAGUGAUAUUACCCGUGCCAUCCACGUUUUGGUCCAAGUGGGCUCCUCCGGCCGAACGCAGCUGCCUCUUCACCUUUUCCAAAGCCGGAUCCCAUUUCGGGAGCUGCAUCACCUUCUCGCUAGGAGGGAUCAUCUGUCAGUGUCUGGGGUGGCCCUUCGUCUUCUACAUCUUUGGAAGCAUCGGCGGAGUCUGCUGCAUUUUCUGGUUCUUUCUGGUUUAUAAAGAUCCCCAGAGCCAUCCGUUUAUUAGUGCCAGGGAAAAGGACUAUAUCACGUCUUCACUGACCCAUCAGGAUGCCCUUACCGGUUGGAGGAAUGUCUUCUUCCUAUCGGCUGCCAUUAAUCUUCUGGCUGUGACUUUCUACGUCAUCUUUAGCAGUGCAGAUGUCCAGGCCUGGGCUAAAGAGGCACCUGAUCCAGAUUUUGAACUUCACUGAGGUCCCAGACGCCAGAGAGGGACCAUUAUGCGGACACGGAGGGUGGGUGCUUCUGAGGAAACCCACUUGGGUCAGGCCUACGUUUGCUUUUUCCAGCCCUUCGUGGGGGAAAAAA